UCAUAUUGUAGCAGAUUGUUUUCGGCUACACAACUACAACCGCGCUAUAAUUGGGCCGAACCAUAGCCCAGAAUUAAUUAUUAGAUCGUAAAAAUGCAAAAAAAAAUGUUCACAAUGGAAUUACGGACCGGAAACUCAACCUUAGACCAACUCUGGCCAUAUCAACAACGUUAUCUGUAUUAUUUUUUGCUAAAUUAUAAAUAUCAUUAAACAUAAUGAAAAUUCGGUUACAAUACAGUUGAAACCAAUAUCUACUUCUCAGCUUAUCAGGAUUUUGAGGGCUGCAAAAGGUUAAAAAAAACCCACUAGAACCUAGGGGAUUAAAUCCAAGCUUUCCGACACUGGUGCUUGAAGUUAAUAAACAUUAAAAGACAAAAGACAGCAAGCUAAGCUCCCAAUCCUAAGUGCUUCUUGUUCUGGAGAACUAAUCAGAAAGCAAGAAAAUAGCAUGAAGGCAAGUUCAAUCGAACACUCACCGAAAUGGCUCCAAGCAGGCAUCGACGGAACGUCAGGCACACACUCUGGAGCUCCACUGGAGGAGGACGUCGACAAAACCCAAGCUAUCGCAGCAGACGACAAAAAUAUUGGCCCGUAUCAACUCCGCUGAAAGUGAAGAACAAGUUACGGUCAAGCGUAGUCGGUCAUUUCAGCUUCUCAUCCGGCUACGCGACACAUAAGAUGCGGUGGAGACAACAAGGUCAUUUUAACGUUAUCUAUAUUAUCUCAAACCUUUAUGUAUUUUAUUUCAUGUAUGACGGUGAAAGUGAUUCUACGGACUAUAGAUGAUGAGUUCUGAUGCUGACUUUCGCUCUAGCAUCAAGGCUUAGUUAGACUUUCAUGAACUUGCAGGUAAAUGAUCUGAGAGCCAAGUUGGAAGCAGAAUUGCUAAGAAGCUUUAACUAAUAACUAGCAGACAUGUUUUGGGGUUUUUAUCUGUGUAUCUGCAAUAACAUUCUCUUUUACUCUAUAAUCAAAAUGAAAUCUUGGUUAAGCGAUAAAUCAACACAAACCGGUGGGGUUUUGAUUUUAUGCCUACCCAUUAUCCAAACAUACGAAAUGUGGACAAACUUGUUUUACUAAUGAAAUUUUAGCCGAUUAAUCAAAUGUUUCAUAUACUUAAUACAAAUUAUAUGAUGAAAAUGAAUUCUUGGUUUAGAGAUGAAAAGACCCAAACCGGUGGUUUGAUGGUUUUCCUUAUAAAAAACAAGUUCAAAAACAUAAUUACGCUCGCUCUCUUUCACAAAGACGAUGGCUCAAAUGCCAGGAGGUGAUCGAAACAAGAAACGGCAAGAAGAAGAAGAAGAAGUAAAGAAAAGCUUCGUCCAUCUUCCAUACGACCUCACCGAGCAUUGCCUCGCAAUCACCGCGAGACGUCAUUACCCGAAUCUCUCUCUCGCCUCCAAAUCCUUCCGCCGUAUCCUCCGUUCCCCGGAGCUCUACCAAAGACGCUCCACCCUCGGCGUCACCGAACCCGUUCUCUACGCCUCCGUCGGAUUCCCUCCCUCCGAAACCCCGAGCUGGCACACUCUCCACCGCGACCACUUUUCUUUACGCCUCCGCAAGAUCGCAUCACUCCCUUCCCGCCUCCUGACCGCCGUCGCCACGGUCGGAACGGAGAUGUACGUUCUCGGCGGAAGCGUCGGCGGGAACCCCACGUCGGACGUGAACCUCAUCGACUGCAGAUUCCACACGAGCCGCUCGCUCCCGAGAAUGAAAAGGGCUCGCAGCCGGGCGGUGGCCGGAGCCAUCGACGGGAAGGUGUACGUCAUCGGAGGUUGCAGGAAGAAGUCUGAUGAUUGGGUCGAAGUCUUUGACGUAAAGACUCAAGCUUGGCGCGAUAUACCAGCUGUCUUGCCACGUGCUCAUUGGGAAGGACAGUUCGUGGCAUGUGCCGUGAUGGACGGCAAGAUUUUCGUUUUGGACCCGAGUGCUAGUCCUGGGCAUAUUAUCCGAAACCCGAAAACCAAACCGGAACCGAACCGAAAAAACCGGGACCGAAACCGGACCGAAAAUUACAAAAACCCGAACGGUUCCUAUAUUUCUAAAUCCGAAAAACCGAAACCGAACCGGGACCGAACCGAGAACCGAACGGGUACCCGAAUUUGCUUCCUUUUUGAUUCUUGGUAUGACUCCAAAAUGGCGAAUCUUGGUGGGAAGUUGUUGAUUCUGGUUGGUAAUAGCCCCUGGCCUCUUUUUCAUUACGGGAGACAAGACGUGUGGUGCGUAGAGAUUGCUUUGGAAAGACACGGAGAUGAUAUUUGGGGGCAUGUUGAAUCAACUAUGCUGGUGCUUACAUCACAUAACUGGCCUUCCAUUGAACUUUCUCGAACUCUUACAAUAUGAUGAUGCUCUUGAGAUGGGGUUUCUUGCAGGUACGUAACUAUGGUAAAUUCUGAGCUUGCAGAUGAAGGAUUAUUAGUUCAAGUCUCAAGGCUUAGUUAUGUUUUCAUUAACUUUGCAGGUGAAGGAACUUUUUUUUAUUGCAUCUACUGUUUUAGCAGCUUCUUAAUAUGAGAGAAUAUAUGAAACAAGCAGCUCUUAUCUGACACCUCAAGAGUAAUUCUUCCUUCUUAAAACUCUGUGCAUAGUGUGAAUACUCUUUACAGAUUUGGCCUUGAGUAACCAUUGUUGUAGCUGCCUCUUGUACAUAUAUACUUCCCAAAAACUUGUUGAAAUGCAUCUAUGGUUUGCUAUGUUUUAAAUUAUUUUUGUUUGCUUUUAGAUAUAAUUCAUCUGCGAGUAAUCACCAUCAUACAUGCAAAAAACAUCCCACGUGCUUCUACUAAAUGCGUAAUAUGAAAUCUUGGUUUAGAAAAAAAAACAGAGCAAAUGGUUUAAUAUUUUAAAAUAUUAUAAUUUUAUUUAAUUUAUACCUAAAAUAACAUAAUAACCGUUAAGGUUCUCAGUCAUGAUUUGGUUCAAAAGCCAAAUAUAUGUUUGUUAUGAAACUAAAAAUUUUCUACCCCUUUUUUCUUAUACGAAAGCCACAAAAACAAAUAAAUAAUCAAAUAUAUUUAUCAACCAAUCAAACUAAAUAACAAACCUCAGAUAUCCAGUUAUGUCAUAUUAGUUAUUUUAAAAUCAUAAUAUUUGAUAUUCAAGUUUGAAGCAGAGUAGCUAAGAGCAACAUUAUCGGACAGAAGUCCUUAGAAUCUUUUUUUUUUCUUUUUUAGUUU